UCAUGGUGCCCCCGCCCGUCAUAGUAUUGUCGGUAUUGUCUCCCGGCCCCUUAUACCCACGUGAUCCUGAACGUUGCUACAAGUCGCUGUUUCCUGACAAAUUUGUGGUCACCUAUAGUUCCCUAUUUCUAGGUGGGGUCACUAUGAGAGUCGCAUCUCAGUAAGAGCAGAAAGAUGAAGCUGCUGAUAUUUCUAGGGCUGAUAUGGACGGAGCUGCUUGUGGUGACCUCAGAAUAUUUACCUCCACCAGAACUAUCCUUAAUGACAUCAGAAACCAUCUACAUGGGCCAAAAAGUGCAACUACAAUGCACAGCACCAAUAGAUUGCCCUGAAGGCACCUUCUACCUGAUCUUAAACAGCACAGAUUUAACCCUACAGAAAGCAGAUGCUCCUGAGACGAAGAACAGUGUGAUGUUCACUAUUGAAACCUCUUACACCUUACACUCAAUGGAGUAUGUCUGUAGAUACAAGUGCUUUGUAGAAUCAGUGCAAAAGAUGUCUGAAGUCAGCAAUGUCCUUACCCUUAAUAUUAGUGUUCCGGUGUGGGUCUUUGUUGUAGUCGGACUUCUUGGUCUUGUGAUCCUUGUGGCUUUGGUGAUCGUGCCUAUAUUCCUGGGGAGAAUUAAAAAAAAGAAGAAACAAGAAAAGAGGGAUAAAGGCUCAAUCUGGAUUGACCAACAAAAAACACCAGAUUUGCCUGAUGGUAAAGAUAACAUGGUCUUUUCUUUGAAUUAUAUGCCCAAGACUGACAUCUCUCCUACUUACAUGGGCCAUACAGAUUCUCAGACAGAUAAAGGUUUGGACACCCCUUUCAGCACCUUCAGAACAUGAGCCGACAUCUUCUUCUGCUAUAGUAAAAAAAUGUGACUUCCAAUGCUUGGAGCCAAAACAUUGGUCUGGUGGUGGAGACAAUCCAAAGUCCUCAAAGGUCAACUCACCUCAAUGCUGUUCAUGACAUCAUUACCACCUACCUCAUCAGGCCACGUCAUCAUGAAUGGGGGCCUAUAGGUUAUUUAUUGGCUCCACCAAAUACCUUCAGCAUUGAGCUUUUCCAUCAAAAAGACAAUGGAGGGAGAAGAAGUGAUGUCACCCAUGAUAUCCAGGAUUAUGGUUCCACUGGGUAAAUGGAACAGAUAACACAUGCUGCAUGCACUCAGUCAUCUGCUGCCCCUUGUGUGAAUAGACCCUCAAUCCUUUACAUUAACCUAUAUGCAUGUACGGAUAAGGCGGCACUGCUGUAUGCCCUAAUGGUCACUCUUAAAGGGGUACUCCGCCCCUAGACAUCUUUUCCGCUAUGCAAAGGGGACCCCCACAAUCUCUCCUUCAGCACCCCCAUUUCUCAGCUGCACAGUGCGAGGAUUGCUCUGUGGCUGAUGACGGGAGAUGCAGGGGACAUUACGGCCCGCCUCCUCAAUGCAAGUCUAUGGGAGGGGCGUGCAGUGCCCAUCAUCAGCCACAGAGCGAUCCUCAACGGGGGUGCUGCAGGAAAGAUUGCGGGGGUCCCCAGUGGAGGGACCCCCGCGAUCAGACAUCUUAUCCCCUAUCCUUUAGGUGGGGGAUAAGAUGUCUAGGGGCGGAGUACCCCUUUAAGGCUGUGAGGUCAGUGUUAAUGUGGUUAUUGUCAUGAGGUGCUAGGAAAUAAUGUAGACCAUAAAAUGUAUUAGAAAGAGUAAGUGCAAUGCACUACAAAGAAUCCUGCACUCACUGCUCAGAAGACAAAUUCAGAUUCCAACAAUGGACUGUGGUGGCCCAGUACAGGAGUUGCACCCCUGUACCCUUGCUGCCCUGUCAGGCAGACUCUAUUAAGUGACCCCUGGGCCCCUCUUUUGUCUAUAUUCCCUAAAUAGUUUACUACCACCUUUGUUAUCUAAUGUAAUGUAUAUAACUUGUCAUAUACCUUUAAAUACUAUUGUCAUGUGUUGUAACCAAGAAAGGUACCAGUGACCAUGUGACCUAUAGAGUGAUUUAUGGGAUCCCUCCAGAGUCUCCCCCCCAUAUAAACCCUGGGUGUAGCUAGUUCAGUCUCUUAGUCUCUUCUCUACUGAGUGCAGCAAGGUCAAGUCCUGAGAGAGUGUCUGGUGUCCUGAGGAGGCCCAAAGCCUACCACGGAUCCACAAGUCUACUGCCCCACAGGUGAACGUCAAAACCUGGCAAACUGCAUACGGGGUGAAAUCUGUCUAGUCAGUCCGUGUCAAGUCAGCGUGUCCCUGCAUCAACUUGUCCAAGUCCACUACAAGUCCCAGUGAACCCUAAAGUCUCUGAAGUCACUGGUCACCUCCUUGGGCCCUGGCUAAGCUGUUAAGACUGUUACACCUGUCUAUCUCAGUAAAGCUGCCGUUGUUCCGUAACUUGGCGUUGGAGUCAUUAUUUGCCCCCGUGCCUAGCCCAGGAUCCAGCGGUUUACCUUCGGGUGCUGUAGAGAUUAAACCAAGCCCUUGGCUCACAAGGGGUUAAUGCCAUCUGCCCCUAUGGUAAUAACAUCUGCCCUCAUCACACCCUCACCACAGGACGGA